UACUCGUACUCGAUACCAGUACCGGUUAAGAGCACCAGCUGUCAGCUGCUGUUUCUAUUUUGUUUACACUUUCGUGGCGAUGUGGAUUGUUUAUGCAUUGAUUGUACACGUGCUGCUUUUGGGCUCCAUAUUUGUGAUCUAUUUUCGGUCACCUGUCAUCGAGGGACUUCACCCACAACCAGCAUUACCAGCAGAGCCCCCAGCAGACCGUUUGGUUCUAAUUGUUACCGAUGGCUUGCGCGCUGACUCAUUUUUCACCGACAACUGCAACCAUGUGCCACAUCUGCGGGAGAUAUUCCUGCGAGACGGUUUAGUUGGCAUCUCCCGUACUCAUGUGCCUACGGAAUCACGGCCGGGGCACAUAGCACUUAUUGCUGGCCUCUAUGAAGAUCCGUCGGCGGUGACACGUGGUUGGAAGGAGAACCCCAUAGAAUUUGACACUUUGUUUAAUCGCAGUGGCCACACCUAUGCCUGGGGUGCCCACGAUGUGCUGCACAUAUUCGAGAAGCUGACCGAUGGCGGACGCCCAAUGUAUUUUGAUGCCUAUCAUGAUCUGGAUUUCUCUGGCCAACAAAAGACCUACAAACAGGAUGAAUGGGUGUUCCAAAGGGUGAGGCAGCUGUUGAAGCGCAAACAGGAAGAAUUGCGUAGUGCCAAGAAGGUUGUGUUCUUUCUGCAUCUGUUGGGACUGGAUACAGCAGGUCAUGUACAUAAACCCGGCACACCGCUUUUCCUGGAGAAUCUUCAGUUCACGGAGAAUGAAAUAGCUCAGAUUUAUGAAAAAUUCGAAGAGAUCUUUCCCGAUAAACGGACUGCUUAUUUACUAACCUCGGACCACGGCAUGACGGACUCAGGCUCUCACGGAGCUGGUGCCGCACAUGAGACGGAAACACCCUUUAUGCUGUGGGGUGCAGGCGUGGCACGAAGUGCUUCUUCAGCCAGCAGCUUCGUGGCCAACGAUGAGGGACAGAAGCUGCCUCUUCACGAGCUGGAACAGGCGCAACUAGCGCCUUUGAUGUCGGCUCUGAUUGGUUUGCCGCCUCCAAUGAACAACUUUGGUAUGCUGCCGUCUGGUUAUAUGAGCGUUGGCGUUGAGUACGAGGCGAUGGCAGCGCAGAGCAAUGCGUUGCAGUUGCUCGCCCAAUAUAUACGUCUGCACGAGCAGCACCAGCGAGGCCUCUUUACGCCCUACAUGAAGAGCUUCAAGAAGCUGACAACGCUUGGAAUUUUCGAUUUUAGUACAAAGACAGCGACGUUUGCCGAGAGCAGCGACAUGAUGCAGUUGGCGCUGGAGGGCAUCGACUAUUACCAUGGAUACUAUCGCAAUGUCAUGUUGUUCUGCACAACUGCCACGUUUCUGGGAUGGAUUCUUUAUCUAUAUCGACUGCUAAUUCAAGGCACAUCCAUCAGAAAACAACCAAGUAUUGGCUCUGGAGAUGCGUCUGCAUUGACGCUCAGCAUAGCUAUUGGUGGAGUAUUCUUGAUUGGCUUUAUUGUGGCACAAUUUGUACCGUUCGCCGUGGGAUUUUAUAUGCUAUUGCCCCUGCCGGUUUGGCUGCUAGCUCUACGACAAACAGGAAGUAACAGCAACAUAGAGGUCUGUGAUUAUCGUUAUCCUUCAGUGGCGCGAAGUGGACAGGUGUCAAAGUUGCAAUUCGUGUUGCUCAUUGGCUGUGCGGAGCUGCUGGUCUACACUUUCUUCGAGCGUCGCCUCAUCUCACUGUGCUUCGUGGCCUUUGCCUUCGGCAGCAACUGGAGCAACUUUAAACGCAACUCGUCGCAGUUUUACAUUUGGAUACUUCUGGUGCUGGUACUCGCUGGUUUUCCACUGUUGCCGCCUUCAGUCGGCUACCAGAAUCGCUAUCUACUACUUGGCGGGAUUGUGCUCGUCCUGCUGCGAGCAGUCCUCAGCAAUGGCAGCCGCAGCUAUAGUUGGCACACCAAGUGGUGUAAUCCACUGAUACUGAUUAACACAGCAGCAUGCGUUCAUCUGCAUAGCCAGCAGGUGGCCAUCCCAAUGCCCCUUAAAGUGACCAGUUGGCUGUAUCUAGUCUAUGCCAUUGUGUCCAUUCAGCUGAACAAGGAGAAGGCGUUGGAACUUCGCCUAGCACAUAUACUCUACAAUCUGAGCGCACUUUACACGCUGCUGUGCACCUCCUACGAAUCACUGUUUGUGCAGCUGCUGGCCAUGGAACUGAGCAUAGCAUUGGCCGCACAGCGUCAAGGAAUGGAUUCACUGCAGCAGCAGUAUCAACAGAGAUCUCUGCAGUCAUCACUACGUCUGGCAUUCACUGUGCUCCUAUACACAUUCUUUUCGCUCUUCGGCAGCGGCAACAUUGCAUCCAUUAGCUCCUUCGAUCCCAACAUUGCACGCUGCUUUCUCAGCCAAUUUGCACCGUUUAUGAUCAUGUCGCUGGUGCUAGUUAAGCUAAUCUUGCCCGUCGUACUCAAUCUAUCCAUUGUGUACACCUACUGUGACUAUGCUCGCAAGCAGGAACGACAAAUCUUUAUCUGUCUGCUGAUCAUCUGUGACAUAAUGGGACUGAACUUUUUAUUCUUGGUCCGCAAUACUGGAUCAUGGCUGGAGAUCGGUUCGUCCAUUUCGCACUUCGUCAUCAUGGAGGCGACAACAUUGGUUCUUCUGUUGCUCAGCUAUCUAGCCAAGCAUCUGUUGCGACUCAACAGCUGUGAUCGCGCUGUAACAAAGCACCAUUGAUUGUAUUCCAAAGCUUAAUUUAAAUUUAUGUAUUAGUUAAAAAAAAGUUAAUGCCAGAGUAUGUAUUUUAUAUUCUAACCUGACUUAGAUUAGUGUAUAUCUUAAAUAGACUCGUAGCU